AAACUUCGCGACUCCACUCUUUGAUCACUAUAAAUAAUCACCAAAGAUACAUUCCUAGCCACGCUAUACGGCUUACUAAGGCGCGCUAUUGACUGAUUAAAAGCUUUCUUGACCACUCAAGAAACCUGAUAGUCAAGGAAGGAGUAAAUCAAUUUUUUUUUUCUUAAGGGGGGGGUGAUACUUGUAAGGGGUUGAAAAUUUUUAAAUGGCGUUGAUCCCCAAGUUGUUUGGUGAUAUGUUGGCACCGUCUGGCUUGAGCGACGAGGCCAAGGGUAUGGUGAAUGCGCGGGUGGACUGGAAGGAGACCCCUGAGGCUCAUGCGUUCAAAGUUGAUCUUCCUGGACUGAAGAAAGAAGAGGUAAAGGUCGAGGUUGAGGACGGACGAGUUCUGGCGAUCAGCGGGGAAAGGGCGGCUGAGAAGGAAGACAAGAAUGACAAGUGGCACAGGGUUGAGAGGUCACGCGGCAGGUUCAUAAGGAAGUUUUUGCUGCCUGAAAAUGCUAAAGUUGAGGAGGUCAAGGCGAACAUGGAGUAUGGGGUCCUCACCGUCACCAUCCCUAAGCAGGAGGUGAAGAAGCCAGAGGUCAGGGCCAUUGAGAUCAGUGGUUGACCAUCACCAGGAUUACAAAUCCUUUACUGGCCUACUUGCGUUGCAUCUAACUUUCCAUGUAUGCAUGCCUUCAUGAUUCUCUGGAUAAAGCUGUUGCUCAAGUUUGGGCAUUGUUUGUUUCUGUCCUCUAAUUUUGUUUCAACAUGUCUCCGUUCUUAUACCGUAUGCUGGAAUGAAUGUAUAAUGCUCCGUGUGUAAUAAGGUUUGCGGUAAAAUAAAGGUUUAAUUACAUA